CACACUUCACACAAUCGAAAAGUCUCCCACCCUCCUCUCCAACCCUCUCGCGAAGGUGUUAAAAACCAAAGCGAAAAAUCGAAUUUGGUUUACGAAAAAAUUACAUUAAAAUUAUUUAAUUUUUUUUCCGAAAGGGAAAAAACAUCAACCACCAUCCAAAAACCCUAAUAAAAUGAAUUAAAAAAAUGGAAAUUACUCAAAUUAAUACAGAGGCUUAGAUAAGAAUGAUGAUUAUGGUGGUUAUUAUUAUACAUUAAGGAGAAGAGAUUUAGAUUUACUGUUAUUACUACUGGUAUUAUUAUGGAGGAGGAGAAGGAGGAAGAAACGACGUCGUCGAAUAAUGGAGAUGAAGCAUGGGGAACAUUGGAGGAGUUGUUGUUAGUGUGUGCCGUCAACCGCCAUGGAAUCAAUAGCUGGGACUCCAUUGCUGAAGAACUCCAGAAACGUAUCAAACACUCUUCUAACAAUAACAACAACAACCGAAACGACGACGACGAAGAAGAAAACGACGAUGACGGUGGAGGCGGCGGUGGUGAAGGAGAAGGUACAGUAAUUUCUUCAUGUUUUUCGUCGGGAAACUGCCGGAAAAAGUACGUUCACUUGAAGCGCCGCUUUCAUAACGACGAGAGAGAAUCCGUGGAGGAGGAGGAGGUGGUGGAAGCAGCGGCGGCGGAGGAGGAGGAUGGCGGUGAGGAGCAUCUGUUGCGUAUGGUGGAUGAGCUGCGGAAGCUUCGCGUCGAAGAGCUCAAGCGGGAGGUUCAUCGGCACGACGUUUCGAUCGUGUCGUUGCAAUUGAAGGUGAAAAGAUUAGAGGAGGAGAGAGAAAGCAGCUGUAAAGUGAAAGCAGAGGAAGUUGAAGAAGACGACGACGGAGAAGAAGAAGAAAGAGUAGUAUUAUUAUCAGAUCUGAGGAUUAAACCGGAGGAAAACGGUAACGGAACCGGAGAAAAAGAGGAUGAACCGGAGAGAUCUUCGUUCGACAAGGUUGUUGUUACCGGUGACUCGGCGGAGAAUCGUUCGUGUAACGAGUCGAACUCAACCAACCACAACAAAACCGACAAUACUAAAGCUGCUACGACGGAGGAAAGAGAAUCGAAGCUCAAACGGGAGCCGCCGGAAAAGAAGAGAAGUGAUUCUGCUGCGGCGGAGUGGAAAGUGAGUCGACUCGGCGAGUUGGGCGGAGAAUCGUUGUCUGAGUCGAGGAGGCAGCAGAGCAGUGACGUUCAGAGCUCAGCAAGCUUGUCGAAGAAGAAACGACGUCGUUUUAAAGGGGACAGCGGUGACGACGAGCUAGAGGUUGAGGAGGUUUCGCCCGCCAAUAAACGGAUCAACGCUAAAUCUCAACCGUUGAUUCGUUUUUUCGAGUCACUCCGGUCCCACAAACAUGGCUCUGUUUUCCAACGACGGCUUCCGAGUCAGGACACGGAAAAAUACCGAAAUGUGAUCCGCCAACACAUGGAUCUGGAUACGGUUCAAUCCAGACUUGACAAGGGUAUUUACUUCGAUUGUCACCCCAAAUUUUACCGUGACCUCCUCCUCAUUUUCACCAAUGCAGUCCUUUUUUACCGUAAGAGCACAGCAGAGCAUAUAGCAGCCAGGGAGUUGCGGAGGUUAGUAAUGGACGAAAUCAACCAAAAAACCCGAAAUCCACGGGUCCAACCCAGGAAACCCGACCCGGAACCGCAACACCUCGAACCCGUGGUUAAGAAACCAAGAUCCUCCACCACCAUGAUCGUUUGCCGGCGACGAAGUUCGAGCUCAAUGCAAGCGUUGUCUGAUAGCAUGAAGAAGGCAGACACUACUAGUACUAUUAAUAGUAAUAGUAAGAAAAUUAAUAAUAGUAAUAAUAAUAGUAAUGUUGAGAAUGGACGUGAGGAGAAAGUAACGAAGAAAGUUAAUGGUGGUUCUCUUUCGAGUAAGAAAGAGGAGGGUGGUGGUGGCGGCGGCGGUGGUGGUGGUGGUGGUGGGGGUCGGGGUGGUGGUGGUGGGGGUGAUGGGAACUUGAAGAAGUUGCUUAUUAGAGAGAAAUCGAAUUUGGGGAAUGGAGGGUUGAGGAUGAGUAACAACAAUGGGAAGAAGAUCAUAAGUAAAGAAGGGAAUAAAAGGGAGAAUAUUAAUAAUAAUAAUAAACUAGAGAGCUCCACCACUAAAGGCGGUGGUGGCGGUGGCGGUGGUGGCGGAGAGAGAGACGGAGUGGUGGUGGUGGAAGGGAAGAAGAUGAAUAAUAAUGUGGAUCAAAAGCAAGAGAAAGGAACACCAUCAAUUGUUUUGAAGAAACAAGGGGUGGCGAAUUUCUUGAAGAGGAUAAAGCAAAACUCGCCGUCGAGUCAAGAGAAGGCGAAGAAUAAAGAUUCCGGCGAGGAGGAGGUGGACGAGGCGGCGGCGGUGGAAGGUGGGAGAAGGGAGAAAAACCAGAGUGCAACUAGUAAUAAUAAUAAUAGUAAUAAUGUGAAAAAGAUUAGUGGGAAUUUGAAGAAAACUAUUGUUAAAGAGGUGGUUGAUGUGGGUGGUGUAAGGAGGAGUUCAGGGAGGAGAGGGGAGAAAGAGGCAGCCGCUUCGCGGGGGAGACCGCCAAAACGGAAGGCGGCGAUGGUGGGUGGUGGUGGUGGUGCAUCGGAUUCGGCGAAAGGCGGAGGAAGAUCGGGUGGUAGAGAUGGUGGUGAAAAUUUUAAGAAAAAACCUAGGAGGUAAAAUAUGGUUGAGGACCGUUGUACUAGUAGUCUAGUUAGUAGUAAUAGUUUGUAGGUUUGUUGUAAAUGUAUGAUGUAAUGGUCUAUUUUGGGUUUAUCCUUACUUCUUAAUUAGGUUUUUAGUUGUUGGAAAUAGGAAGAUAUUAAAAGGAAUGCUUGCAUUUGUA